AUGCAGAUGCACGUGUGCAAUCUUGGCCUAAUGCUCCUUGUUGUUUCUGUGAAUGCAGGAAUUAAAGAAAUUCUCAUGGAGAAGGCUAAAAAAGCAAAGACAUGGCUCGAAGAUGACAGCAGAUUCCGCUACGACAUUGAAUGCCCAUGGUUACGAGGAGAGGAACGAGCUAUACGAGAAUCCGAAGGCAGAUGCCCACCUCUUCCAACAACAACGUACUCAAUCUGA